AUGCCUGAUUCUAAAAGUACUGAGAAAUUCAAUAAGACACCGAUGCUCCAAUCCAUAAACGAUAAGGCGAGUCGUUCUUCAUCUAGUCUAAAUAGUACACCCGGAACUAUAUCACCAUUAAACCCACAUAUAUUAAGAACAACAACGUCGAUGACACGGUUAAGAUCAUAUUCAAAUACCCCUUUACCAACAUCUAGAAAAACUAGCAUACCCAAUGACCUUCAACGAAAACCAUCUGGAAAACCUUUUCAACCUCAUCCUAAAGAUCCAUUAUACAUUACAAGUUUAGAAGCUGGACCUAGGAGCCGAUCUCACUCAAAUACUUCAAAUGAUACAGAUUUUACGAUUUCUGCCCAAUCCUCUUCUUCGAAUCCUAGUAGAAGAGGCUCAAUUGCAAAUAAUGUCCACGAAUUAGACAGCACAACUGUUAUGAAUCUACCGAAACUUUCGCUACAGAAGCAGGCUCAAGGAUCGAGCAUAGAGCUUCAAAAAACUGACACUAAUGAUUAUAAUAUAUCUCCUGGUUCAAUGUCGGCAGUCUCUAUGACACCUGAGAGAAGAUCGGUAACAACAACUUUUUAUAAUUCUCCUGUAAAUUCAUCAAAGACAAGUACAUCUUCAUUUCAAGAUGGAACUCCAACAUUACAUAUGGAUAACAGUCCUGAGGAUACCUAUGGAUCAAGUAGUAAUAUUAUUUCCAGACCUAUCCUAUCUAAUAGCAAAAUGCUAAGUAGCCAACGACUUUUUGAAAGACAAUAUAUUUUAAAUGAGAAAAAAUAUCUAGAAGGUAUGAAAAAAUUAAUCACUGAUGAUGAUUACUAUACAAGGACAAUAAACUUCCCGCCAAUUGAACUUGAUGAUGAGGAUAAUGAUUUUGAAAAGGACUCCCAGAGGGGCCACGAUGAAAUUAAUGAAAUAAUGGAUACUAGCAAUGACAGUUUUGUUAAUUCGAAAGAUUAUAAUAUUCUGGAAAGUAACAAGAAGAACAAGUCCAUCGAAAAUUUCCAAAUGGAGAAAGAUAUAAAUAUGAGAAUAUUCCAUGGUACUAACUCUAGUUCAAUUAGUCCAAGCUACCUUUUGCGAAAGUUGAAAUGGCUGAGUGACGUUUCACCAGAUAACACAUUUGUUAAGGAAAUUCUAAACGGAGUUCAGGAUGCAUCGAACAAUGGUAUUGGCCCAUCUGGGGAUGAACACAAUCUGUCUGAAACGAUCCAAAAACUAUUCCAACAAUCAAAUGUUGCCGAAAGAUUUGAAUGGCUUAUAAUGUUGACUAACGUUUUAAAAGGUGAUAUUGUCAGAAGUGAGAAGACCAAGCUAGCUAAAGAGAAAAAUGGCGUCAACACUAAUUACCAAUACGCCGACAAUAUCUGGCUAGAACUUCGAGCUUGGAUGAAUGGUCGUACAAAGGACGAACAAGAACGUUCACUAAAGGUAUUAAGAGAUAACUCAGAUGCAUUUUUCGAGGAAAUUAUGAAUUUCAAGGUAGCAGAAGGGGUUACAAGGACAGAAUCUGAGGUAAUUGUGGAUGAAAUAUUGAAAAAAUACUACAAGAUUAUUAACUUUUGGCCAAAUAUUAGGAAGUUAAAUAUUGACAAACCAAUUACUAAUACAAUUGCAUUCACUCAGAGAGUUGAUGCUUUAAUAAGUUGGCAAAACGCAAUAUGGAACUAUAAAAGUAAAAAAAAAUUACUAGAAGACUGGAUAGGUAUCCCAGAUCUAGCAAAACUAUUUGAUGAUGAACUCAAAUCAAAGAGAGCCCUAUUCACAGAACAAUUAAUUAAAGAAAGAGAUAUUGAAAGUAUCUUCCAAAAAAAGAUUUUUUUCCCUUUAGCUCCUGGGAUUCUUAAAGCAAAAAUAUUUUAUUUGAACAAUAAGGAAUUAAUUGAUGAAAUGAAACUAGUGUAUUCGAACAAGGAGUUAUCUUGUCUAUUAUUGUUUCCAAUAAAGUUAAUCAAAGAAAUUAUUAUAUUGCGAAUAGAAUAUGCAAAGAAGCUACAAAACCCUACAAUGAUGAUGGUUGACCAAAUGGUUGAUGACUUUACGGCGUAUAUUAGGUUAGCCGUUCAAUUAAAGGCUACCCUGAUGGACUAUUACUACGAUUGGCCUUUUGAGGUCAAAUUUGACAAAGGGUUUGAUAAAACUGUUGUGGAUGCCAUACAUUAUUUAUUUGUUUUGGUGCAACUUAAAAUUCUAGAUAAUUCUGAUAAAAUUUACAAAUCAUUCAGGGAACCAGAAGUAUUGUUGAAGUUUUGGGAAGAGCUGAAAAAUGUUGGCCCAUAUAUUGACGGUGCUGCUGUCGUAAUUGCCAAUGGUUUUGCUAAACUUACAUUACGUUUAUUACAAAGGUUGAAUUCUUAUUUAAAUUUUCAAGAAGAUGGCCCACUCAACACAGAAAUGAGUGGAGAUACCGAGAAAUGGCUUUCACAUACUUUAGAUAGUCUUGGCUCUAUGAAAAGGAAACUUAAUAGAUUUACAAAUUUGAUCACAAAAGCCUUUGAAAAUUCCGUUUCAUUUAAAGUUGACGAUUAUGAGAAAUUAUUGACAACAUUAGAAAAUUCAGGCCAUUUUCUAAUAUAUACUGGUGGUGAACUUGAAGAGAACGGUAUAUUCUUAAUUGGUAGUAGUGAGUUACUAGGUAUCGAGGAUGAAGAUUUAAUGAAAAUUCUUAAAAGUUCUGACAUAGGUAGUGAUCUUAUUCCGAAGUUGAAUAUUGAAAAUAGUUUAUCAAUCUACAACGCAUUGCAAGUGCAAAGAGAUCCAGAUAUUCCUCUAAGUAAGGAUAUAGAUGAUGAUGGUGUUCCCCGCCAUAAUAUAGGUGGCUUCUCAGAAAUCCUUUCCAAUUACCAAGAAGCUUCUAGAACGCAUAUGAAAACCCAUAAUAUAAAUAAGAUCAACAAAAGGAUUAAUAAAAAUUACACAACGUCUAAGAGAAACAAAACUCUACCUUUGAAUAGUUCUCCCGUCGAGGAUGCUGAGAGAGAAUUAUUUGAGUUAGAAAUUAGAUUACACACACUUGGUUAUGUACUAGUCCUAGUCCCAGAUCGUCCAGUUCUUUGGAAAGGUGAAUCGUACAAUUUAUCAAGUACUACUGCUAUCAGCUAUGAAGACUUUGUACAUAAUCAUCACGAAAUAAAUUCAAUAACGCUAAUUAACCAAGGCUCUUGUUAUGCAUUAGAAUACCAAUGCGAUAGAUUCAGACAGGUUGCAGAUGACUGUGUUUCGUUCCUGAACAGAAAAUGUAUGGUAGAGAAUGUUGAUGUUGCUCUAUCAAAAAUAGACAAGAUGCACUAUAGUUGUACAUAUAACAGUUUGGUGACUUAUCCAUACCUUAUUAAUAAGUUCAAGCCUAUUUGUAAUACCAAGGAUCUUUUAAAUGGUGUAUUCCUCUUUGUCAGAGACUUUUGUAAUGGUGUACUGUCGAACACUACUUACGGUAGUGAAAAAAAAUCUUUGAUUGUACUUUUGAUGGUAAAACUAAGUCUAAAUUGGCUUACCUAUUUAGUAGAAGACUGUGACCCUACAGAUCCGAAGACGUUCAGAUGGUGUGUGACAGCCAUGGAAUUUACAUUACAAAUGAUCAGUGGUCUGAAUAUUUUAACCUUAGAUGAAUCACAAUUUAAAUGUCUAAAACAAAAGAUUUCUGCCUGUAUGUCGUUAAUGAUAUCUCAUUUUGACGUCAUGGGUGCGAGAGCGAACGAGGUCGAGAAUAUCCAUCAACAAACCAGAGCAAAUAUUGAAAUUGUAGAUGAUUUCGAUGUAGAUGCCAUGCUAGAAGUAAAUUCCCAAUUACGAUUAAAAUCAAUCCAAGAACUAGAAAAGACUAUUGUUGUCAACCCACAUCAGAGAGGUAAAGUCCUGGACGACAAGGUGAAAACCGAUAAAUAUUUGACCUCUUUGGCUUCAUCUAUAUCUAAUGUGUCUAUUAGGUGGCAAAAACGUAAAUUCAUUGGUGGUGGUACAUUUGGUGCAGUAUUUUCUGCCGUAAAUCUUGAUAAUGGGGAUAUCUUAGCUGUCAAAGAAAUUAAAAUUCAAGAUAGUAAGACAAUGGAAAAGAUUUUCCCAUCAAUUAAAGAAGAGAUGAGUGUCCUCGAGAUGAUGAAUCAUCCCAACAUUAUUCAAUAUUAUGGUGUUGAAGUGCACAGAGACAAAGUGAAUAUUUUUAUGGAAUACUGUGAAGGUGGGUCUCUUGCCACACUUCUGGAACAUGGUAGAAUUGAAGAUGAAAUGGUGACACAAGUUUAUACUUUAGAAUUACUGGAAGGUCUUGCGUACCUUCAUGAAUCAGGAAUUGUUCAUAGAGAUAUUAAACCAGAGAAUAUAUUAUUGGACUUCAAUGGUAUUAUUAAGUAUGUUGACUUUGGAGCAGCAAGAAAAAUUAUUAGGAAUGGUACAAUUAGGAAAACUACAACACCUGUUGUGGAACAGAAGGAUUCUGAUGAAACCAGUAUUGAUAGUUCCGAUCCUUCAUCGAAACAUAAAAAUGCAGAAGAUAAUAUGCAAAAUAUGAUCGGUACACCAAUGUAUAUGGCACCAGAGGCUAUAACUGGAUCUAAAAAUCAUGGUAGGCUUGGUGCAGAUGACAUAUGGUCGUUAGGUUGUGUUGUUCUUGAAAUGAUUACUGGUAGACGUCCAUGGGCUAAUUUAGAUAAUGAAUGGGCAAUAAUGUAUCAUGUUGCUGCAGGGCAAAUCCCGCCAUCUCCUUCUACAGAUGAAGUUUCGGAAUCUGGGAUGGCAUUUUUGAAAAGAUGUUUGGUUCAAGACCCUGAUAAAAGAGCCACUGCGGUUGAAUUAUUAAUGGAUCCAUGGAUCGUUCAAAUUAGAAAUAUUGCAUUUGGUAAUGGCGAUCAUAAUAUGGCGUUAGAUGAUAAGAAUUAA